CUUAGCUCUGUUCCUAAAAUUAGUAAAAGAUGAUACUUGAACCAAUAUACGCAAGUGCAGGGACCUUUUGGACAGCAACGGCCCACAUCAUCACCGCAGUGAUUGGAUCGGGAGUGCUAUCACUGGCAUGGGCCGUGGCCCAACUUGGCUGGGUUGCUGGGCCAACUGUGAUGCUUCUAUUUGCCUUGGUCAACCUCUAUACGUCCAACCUGCUAGCAAUGUGCUAUAGAACAGGUGAUCCUGUCACUGGAAAGAGAAAUUACACCUACAUGGACGCUGUGAAGUCCACUCUAGGAGGCAAAAAGGUGAAAUUAUGCGGCUUGAUCCAGUACGUGAAUCUGUUUGGGAUUUCGAUCGGGUACACAAUUGCAGCCUCAGUCAGUAUGAUGGCCAUUAAAAGAUCAAACUGUUAUCACAAGAGUCAUGGAAACGAUCCAUGUCACCUGUCAAGCAAUGUGUUUAUGAUAACAUUUGGCGUGGCAGAGAUAAUACUUUCCCAAAUCCCAGAUUUCGAUCAAGUGUGGUGGCUCUCCAUAGUAGCAGCGAUCAUGUCCUUCACUUAUUCUGCAGUUGGUCUGGGUCUUGGAAUAGGCAAAGUUGUAGAAAAUAAAAUCUUUAAGGGAAGCCUGAUGGGAAUCAGCAUCGGGACAGUGACACAAGGUGGGACUGUGACAGACACACAGAAAAUGUGGAGGAGUUUACAAGCCCUUGGGGCAAUGGCUUUUGCUUACUCUUUCUCCAUCAUCCUCAUUGAAAUUCAGGUACUUCCUUCUCAUGUAUUCAAGACACGGCGCAUUCAUUUUUGCACUCAAAAGAAAUAUUUCUCCUUGAUGCAGGACACUCUGAGAUCUCCACCGGCAGAAUAUAAAACCAUGAGAAAGUCCACCUUCUUGAGCAUCACAGUUACCACAGUGUUCUAUUUGCUUUGUGGGUGUAUGGGAUACGCAGCCUUUGGAGAUAACGCCCCUGGCAACCUCUUGACUGGUUUUGGAUUCUACAAUCCUUACUGGUUACUAGACAUCGCCAAUCUCGCUAUUAUUGUCCACCUGGUUGGAGCAUAUCAGGUGUUCAGCCAGCCUCUGUUUGCAUUUGUGGAGAAAUGGAGUGCACACAAGUGGGCAAAGAGUAAUUUUGUGACAGCAGAGUAUGAAAUUCCGAUUCCCUUGUAUGGGGUAUACCAGCUGAACUUAUUCCGCCUAGUGUGGAGAACCAUAUUCGUGUUGUUGACAACCUUAAUAGCAAUGCUGAUGCCAUUCUUCAACGAUGUGGUUGGAAUUCUAGGAGCUUUUGGGUUCUGGCCAUUGACAGUGUAUUUCCCCAUAGACAUGUACAUUUGCCAGAAGAAAAUACAGAGAUGGACUAGCCGAUGGCUUGGACUUCAGAUCCUCAGCGUCACUUGCCUCUUCGUUUCUAUAGCAGCAGCCGUUGGAUCCAUUGCGGGGGUGGUUUUGGACCUCAAAACUUACAAGCCCUUCAAAACUAGCUACUAAGACCAGCAACAUAUGGGACUUAAAAUAACUCCAUAAGCUGCCAGAUCAUUAUCGCAAAAGUAAGCACAUAUAACCUGUUGGGGUGAGAGCAUUACGUUUUGUUGUUUUUUGUUUUUGUUUUUUGGGGGCGGGGGGCCUAAGCGGAUGCCGCAAAUAAUAUGUACGCCUUGCAAAAUUUCAUUUUUGGUGUUGUGUAAUAUAAUAUCGGUGCCAACCUGCUCGGAUUAUAUUGGCUGAGGUGAUACAAAAUAGUGGGGGGAAACUUGGUUUUAUCAGUUGCCGAGGAAAUUUUCUAUCUGACCAUUGAUGAAUCACAAGCAAUGACAGGUGAAAACCCCUCAGACGUUAUCUGAAACUUAUAGAAAGUGGCGUUUGCAUUGAACGAGUAGCUGUAAACUUCUUUUAAGACUGGAGGAGUAUAUAAUAUCCUUGCUUGUCACAAAGGGGGAUGAAGCAACGUAACACGCGUCCAAUCCUUUUCUAGUUACCCUAGAAAGCUCCACAGCACAGGAUGCCGGACUUCUGUCUGAGACGCUGUGCACAUCAGAAAAGUCUAACGAAAACAAGCGUUCACAUCGUGUUUCCGAUCACCUGACAGACAUGAAGAUCUCUUUUUCCUUUUUGGUGAUGGAAAGACAUGAAGUUUAAAGACACAAAUGACCAAGAAGCAGACCCUGAGGAGGAAAAAGCAAGAAGAUAUUUACGAGUCCGAUUUGGCAGGUCAAUUUAGCAGUAACAAGAUAGAUCAGUAGACCACAAAAUUUCCCCAACUCUCGCCUAUCAUAACGUUGCAGCUGUUGUCAAAUGUCAACUUAAUU